AAACAGAUGCACGAGAAUACAACAUCAGGACAAAAACCAAAGGAUGGGCAAAAAAUAAUAGACUGGAGAAGUUUAUUUGAACAUUUAAAAAUCAAUUGAAAAUAUUCACAUAGGACAAGAAAUGUAAAAUCAUGACAAUUUUAUUUAAAACCAUAAAAAAAUCACACCUCUUUUUAACCAGCAUUUGUAUGCUUCUACUAGGUUACAUAACAAAUAUUGUUUUAAACAUAUUUUACUCAAAAGGAGAAAAACACUAUAUUUUCCUAUAAAAUGUAAAAACUCAAAAAGGACUUUAAAAUGUGACUUUAUAGCGACUUCAAUGUACAUUGCUCAAGAAAGGCGCUAGUACAGGCCAUUUACAUUAUUGUAUUUAUAUGGUAUUUUAUCUCCCAUAAUGUUAUAGGAUAAUAAUCCCUUGUGCACAUUUUUAAUUCUUCGGUCAGCUUAGCAAGUUUUUACACUUUAUAUAUUGCAGCCAGGCAGGCGUGGCUGAAACGUCGUCAUUGCCAGUGGCACUUCCCCUGUUUAAAAGGUACUCGCACACAUCUUCUACAUCAAAGCUUCGCUGUCUGACCAGGUAAUGAGUAUGUAACACUGACAGAAGGAGAGCAUCAAUGCGGAGGCAGAGAAAUAUGAUUGCGGCUGUUCUCCUGCUGUGUGCUGUGAAGCUGCACUGCUCUGAUGGUGCGGCAGCGCAGAAUCAGCCCUGCGUACCCAGUCAUGAGGUGUCAUGUUUUGUGCCAGCAGACUAUUUGAAUGUAUCUGGUCCUGUCAGCGUAGAGGUGUGUGUUGGUAAGAAACUCAUCAUCUCCCUGGAGAACUUCUCUGAAUACCCUGUCUGCCACUGGAGCAGAGGAGUAGCCCCAGUACUGACAGUAAAUGGGAGUCGCUCCAUGGUCGUACCACAGCUUUCUGAGACAGAUUCAGGGGAGUACACGCUGAGCUGUGAAACUAGCAAUGAGACCAGGUCCUCAAUGACUGUGUCUCUUCGUGUAGUAAUGAAACAUCCCACAAAACCAAAGCUGAUACUGGACCGCUUAGAUGUCCCAAAGUCAUCCCCGCAUUUCAAGUGCGUGUCUGAAGACUGCCCAAAGCCCAAACUUAAUUUGUCUGGACACAAUUUUGGAAAGGCAGCGAGCACAAUAUCCAGUGUUUACUAUUUAGCUAGUGGAGUGAUGUGCUGUGCUACUAACGCUGAAGGACAAGAAUGCUCCCAACUGUAUGACUACGACCUAGAGAGUGACUUUAUGAAAAAUGAUGAGGUUUCUGAUGUGACUGUGAGCCCUGGUCAGUCUUUACUGCUUCGCUGCCGAAUACUACAACAUAGGUUUCAGAGUCCUGUGUGGGAGAAUGGCAGCAAAAUAAUGAAUGCCAGCACAUUAGCCUGCUCUUCUCAAGUCAAGAGGGAGAUCUGCAUUAAAAAUGACUCACAUAAGAGAAGUCAGAUGGCCUACCUGUUCAUAGAAUCAGUUAGUGUGGACCACAGUGGCACAUUUACCUGCAGGAGUCCAAAAAACAAAACUAAGUCUGUCCACGUUCACGUCCAAGCUGAAGGUUUCCUCUCUUCCCAGCUGGAUAAGAGCAAGAUCCUGCCAGCUCAGAACGCAUCUAGCUCGUGUUUGCAAGCCAGUGUUUCCUACCACCCUGUGCUCCAGCACUGUUCCUGGGAAGCUCCUGAUAAAACUAUGACUAAAUGCAUGAGGGACAACUGGGUAACAAAACACAGGACUGUGAAGCUAUGUGAUCCACUCAAAUCAGGAGAUUAUAAAUUACACUUAGAGGCUGGAGGACAAAAAGAAACAAAGACUAUAUCAGUGUGUGUUGUGGACAAACCAAAGUUCAUAUUCAGAAUUAAUGACGUUGAUAAUACCUUCACCUUUGAAACUGUGAGUCUUGUGCCAGCAAAUUAUACCUGGAUGUCUUGUUCUUCGUCCAUUGACAGCGCUUGUGAAACAGACUCUUCUUGGUACAAGAUCCCAGAUGCCUCUCACACAGACUCUGAUGUCUUCUGUAACAAAACAAUCAAGAGCUCUCUGAGCAUGGAUCUAGUGGAAGGACAACAUUUAAGGUUUUGCCUGACAAACUCACUUGGCUCCUGGUGCCAAACUCAAUACUCAAUAUACAACCUACCUUCACUCCAAGCCUCCAAAGGUGCUCCAAAUAAUGACAGCUUGAUGGUGCUGAAAGUAGGCAGUUUGCUUCUGCUUCUGGCUUUGGCAGUAGUUAGCCUGGUGCUCAUGUACUUUGUCAAAAAGAAGAAACCCCAGUAUAAGCCCCAGCUUCAGAUAAUCCAGAUGGUUGGACCCAAUGACAAUGAUUACAUCUACAUAAACUUCAAGGACUUUGAGUACGACCUGAAAUGGGAGUUUCCCAGGGAGAACCUGGAACUGGGUAAAGAACUGGGCUCUGGGGCUUUUGGCAUGGUGGUCCAGGCUACAGCUUAUGGCAUCAGCAGGCCUGGAGUCUCACAGCAGGUGGCUGUCAAGAUGCUUAAAGAGAAACACGAGACAAUGGAGAAGGAGGCUCUGAUGUCAGAGCUCAAGAUGCUGACUCACAUCGGUAAUCAUGCCAACAUUGUUAACCUGCUCGGGGCUUGCACGGACAGAGGACCCACAUACCUGAUUUUCCAGUACUGUUGUUAUGGAGAUCUACUGAACUACCUAAAGAAAAACAGAGAGCGCUACCACAAGUCUGUGACUGAUGCUUUCAACAAGGACCGUUUCAGAAGUCUUUACCACAACCUGCAGCCCAGGAAAAGCUCUGGUGAGCAAGACACAGCGGUGGACAAUUACAUGCCCAUGCACAGCUCUACCACCAGAGGGCAGGAGGACAUCGUCCUCCUCACCCUCAACUCUGGUGACAUGGACAGCUUUGAAGACCCGGAGAGCUAUGAAGACCAAGAUGAUGAGACAGAGGACCUGCAAGCCAUGACCUUUGAUGACCUGCUCAGCUUUGCCUUCCAAGUGGCCAAAGGCAUGGAGUUCCUCUCCUCCAAGAAUUGUAUCCAUCGAGACCUGGCAGCUCGAAACGUGUUAGUGACAAAGGGCAGACUGGUGAAAAUCGGUGACUUUGGACUGGCCCGGGACAUUGACAACGACUCCAACUAUGUUGUGAGAGGAAAUGUGCGUUUGCCAGUGAAGUGGAUGGCACCGGAGAGUACCUUUCAAGGGAUAUACACCAUGAAGAGUGAUGUCUGGGCUUAUGGCAUUCUGCUCUGGGAGAUCUUCUCACUUGGUGUUACUCCGUACCCGGGCAUGAAGGUGGAUCACACGUUCUAUUCAAUGAUUGAGAGAGGAUUUAAGAUGGAGUGUCCAUACUACGCAGACGAGUCUGUGUACGGGAUGAUGUGUAAGUGUUGGGCCCUGGAUCCCUGCAACCGGCCGUCUUUCUCCAAGCUGGUGUCCUUUAUGCAUGAUCAGCUGACAGACAGAGAGGAGAAGCUCUACCUUAACAUGCUCGACCAGACAUCCAGCGACUACCAGAAUGCACCGGCCAUUUUGGACAUUUCCGCCUUGACAAAACAAAACGAGAACAAGACGCAGUCCGCCAAUGACUACUGUCGAACCCAUGCGACUGAAGAGAGCAAAGCAGACACUGUGGCAGCUGAGGAGAAGCUUCUGAAGUCAUAUGAUACAGAGUGAUCACCUAUCACUUAAUGCGAGUUGACCAAACCAUUUUAUCUUACAGUAGACUACAGUAGCAGUAACAGUAGACUGCACUUGCUUUAUAUUAUAUUAAAUAUUAUGAGCAUUUUUAGACUCACUGAUGAGACUGAAUAAAACCUGUAGCAUAGAUUUAACAUAACUUUUCGUAAUCUGCAGAAGUAACCAAACAUACAAUGGUUUUAAUUAUGUACAUGGGAUUUGAGUGAAUUAUAUUUUCACUAUGACGAUGUGAUCUGAAUGUAAAUGCAGUAUUAUUUUUUUAUCGUGCAGCUAAAAGUGAAAAACAGUUUUCAUAGAAAGGAUCCUAAAUAUUCUCAGGACUACAUACAGUAUGUAACAUGUAAGCUAUAGAGUUGUUACUCUUUUUCUAAAUUAGGCCCAUUUACUGUAGCAACUGAUCAAGGUUCAAGGUUCAUACUUUUGGUUUUAGAUUUUAUUAUUGUUACUAUGCAUAUGGAAACAACCUUUUGCCUUAAAAUAUUGUUAUAAGUGUAAUGGUAAUAUUUUGUUGUGGUCUCUUAUAAUAUCUCAGCAGCUAUUAUUUUUAUAACUUUAUGGCUUUUAUAGUAUACAUUGAAUUUUCAUGUUUAAGCAUUAUACCUGCAAUAAAAUGUACUUUACACAUUGAA